AUGUCGGACCGGACGGAGGCAACAAUAAAACCAAAGUUGGAGGACGGCUCACUUCGACGCAAGCUGUGGGCGAGAGGCGACAAGGACGUCAGCGGACUCGGUGCAGGGGAUUCGGAGCUGCAGCUGUUGGCCAAGUUCCUCACAGAGGAGGAAGCAGAUCAAGCCUUCAAGGCGCUUUGUCCCGGCGGCGAGAUUGAAUAUCAGCAGUGGUACCACAUGCCAGACAAGAAGAAGCCCUACCAGCCUUUGAAGCGACUGCAGCGGGUGAAGGUGGCCAUGGCAGAUCCUGAAGAAAAGGGCCUUCCAUGGUAUCGCUUCCCGGUCAAUGAUCAGCAGCGUUACGGGAUCCUUCCCAUGUCCCCGACAGUGCGAAUGCUCUGCGAUCGCGUGAACCAGAGGCUAAAUGGAUCCUUCAACCAUGUAGUCGUCCUUUACUAUGCGGACGGCAACGAGUGCAUCGGCUACCACAAGGAUAAGACGCUGGACCUGGAUGAGAAUUCCUCUAUCGUCAGCAUCUCUCUGGGACGCCCGGGACGGCCUUAUGUUCUGCGGGAUGGUAUCUUCAAUCCAACAACUGAGAUGGAGGUCUUGCUGCCUCAUGGUGGCCUGUUUAGGCUCGGGCCGGAGACCAACCGGACCUUUUACCAUGCUGUGCGCCAGACGGAGACUCCCGAAAAUGCUGGGGCACGGGUAUCGAUCACCUUCCGGCAUGUGACUUCCUACGAGACAGCCGGCACACUGACAGGUAAAGGCGCAGAAUUCCCAACAUUGAAUUGGCCGCUGCAGUUGAAUGGCCAACAUCGCUUCGACGAAGACCUUGACCAGGCCCUUGAGCGGCCGGAGUCUGCAACCGUGCCAAAAGCUCCAGUGUCGAAGAAGGUUGCUGGUCCACAGCUGUCUCCGGCAGAUGUCGAGCUGCUCCGAACGUGCCUUGCCGAAGCGUCGGUGGAGGACUUCUUCAUCGCGAACGAUCUGAAAGGCGCUGGCCUGGCUGCCCGCGCGGUGAUGCUCGAAAAGGUCGGGGAGGCUCGCGGUGCUGAGCUUUCCAAGGCGCUGGGCAGCCGCAUCGGUGAGGCAUACCAUGCCUGGAAGAAGGCACGAGCCAAGCCAGCGCCGCCAGAGCCUUCAGCCAUCCCGGCACCCCAGAAGGAGCCACGAGCCACGACCCCAGCAACGGCCAACGCCCUGCCAGCAGAGCCUGCUUGGUCAUUGGGAGGGCUGCUCUCACGUUGGAUCUGGGGCGAGCCGGAUCCCACACCUGAGGAGUUGCUGACGUACUGGUUCGGCGUGGAGCCCUACAAGUUCCGAGGAGGGCUCUGGUGGCGAGGAAUUGAUCCGGCCAGCCCUUUGGACGGUCAGGAGGGCACGGACCAGCGCAUCCUCAACAAGUACGGCACCUUGAUUCGCAGCUGCCAGAAUGGUUUGGCCAACUCCAAGGUCGCAUCCUGGGCCGAUACGCCGGAGGGAAAGGCUGCACUAGUGGUUUUGCUCGACCAGAUGCCCAGAAAUGCUUUCCGUGGCACUGCAGAGAUGUUCGCCUACGAUGCCUUGGCACAGGAGAUGGCGUCGAAGCUGCUGCAAUGCGAGCAAGUUCCCUGGCCGCAUGCGACCUUCGCCCAAGUGGCGCUCAUGCACUCCGAGGAUGUGGCGACGGUGGAGGCAUCGGCUUUGGGACUGCUACGUUUGGCAAGCGAAGUGGAGCCACACGUUGCGAACCGGCUCAAGUCUAUGCACAACGAGGCCAAGACGCACUCCUCGGUGCUGCGCAGCUUCGGCCGUUACCCCCACCGCAACGAGCUUCUGGGCCGCGAAAGCUCUGCAGCAGAGCUCAGCUGGCUUCGGUCCAAGAACCUCCCGACCUGGGCCCAGUCUGUCCGCCCAAAGUUCCAGAAGAAGCUGGAGGGUACAAGCCAGGAGGUGCAGAAGAUCCCCGACUUCGUAGCGCAGCCAAGCGGUCCCAAGCUACGAAUACUCGUGCUCCACAGCAACCGGCAGAAUGCCAACGACUUCAAGCGCAAAACACGAGGUCCCCUAGAACCCUUGGAGGCUGUCGCAGAUCUCCACUACUUGGACGGGCCACAUGCCUACACGCCGAUGGGCGAGGCUCAUGAUUCCGUCGGGAAGAUCGGGGUCAACGCUCCAAAAAACCGGUGCUGGUGGAAUGCCACGGACGACCCAUCCACGAUGCGAUAUGUGGGCAUGGAAAAAACGUUGGAGCACGUGGAGAACGCCUUUCGCGAGCAUGGCCCUUUCGACGGCGUCCUGGGCUUCUCGCAGGAGGACGAUCCGGACGAGCAUUCACCUGUUGUCACUUUACGUUGGCAUUUGGUCGUGGGCGUGGUUCUUUCGGGCUUCUACUGCCGGGAUGUGGAGUACUGCAAGCUUUUGCUCGACGGCCGUGAGUAUAGCCAUGGCCCAGCCUCGGCGAUCGUCUCCGCGCCUGGUUCCGAGGCAAAGAAGACGUCCAUGCGAAAGGCCGAUCAUUUCGCUCAGGGACGUCUUCAUUGGCCCAUCGACCUUAUCGUCAAGUGGCUGAAGGAGACUGGGCUCACCAAGCUUGCCGAAGCGCGGCCUCAGGAGGUAUUGAAGCAGGACAAGACAGCCUGGGCACGUCUGAUGAAAGGGAGUGGUGUGGCUGGCAUCAGACAGGAGGAUGUCCAGGAGGUGAUGGCAGAGGCGCUUGAUUCCAAGUCCCUGCAGCAGUUGUUGGAUCGGGCGCUAGCACUUCUGCCGUGGAACUCCAAGGUAGCGCAGCCACUGGCAGCCUACUGGAUCAUCCUAGCCGUGUCUGCGGACCCCAACUAUACCGAGGAUCCAGCCUCGAUUCUCCAAGCUCUCGUCGCAGCAGGCGGAUGGAAGUCGUUGGUCCAUCUUCACUCGAUCUUGGAGGAACAGGAAUCCACCCAAUGCAGCGAGACGAUGCAGACGGCAAUUGUAGAGUUCUUCGGGAAGCAGCUGUCCGAAGAUGCCACCGUGGUUCGAGACUGGCGGGCCAGCGAGGAUGAUCACCGGGCACUUGGGAUGCAGCCGGCCGUGAGCCAGUGUGCAAGGCACGCGCCGCGCUUCGGUGGUGCCGUGCGCAAGUUUGCACUCAGGGUCGCCUCUGAUAUCCACUGCCGCGGCGGCGGCCAGCUCGUUGAGGACAUACGGCAGCAGCAGCCCGAGCUCAGCGUCAUGUAUCGCCGCCGGGCUGAUGAUGUCAUCGGUCUCCUUGACGAGUUCUCCGAAGCUGGGCUGGCUCAUCAGAAGGGUGAUCGCCGCAGCCAGUGGCGUUUGGGUGGACUCGACGACAAAACAUUUGCGGAGCUUCGAGCCUCUCCGUUGUCUGACGCCGUGGUCCACCCGGAGCCGCAGCCGGUGGACAUCUCUUCCGAGGAGGAGAUGAUACCACUUUACAGCUUUCUGCGAAGCGGAGAAGACUUUCAGCCCAAUGUCAACGACGAUUUGGUCUUUACGAAGGGCACCAUCACCCGAGACAAACGUCUUGACUUGUGCAAGCAGGUCAUCGGCCCUCAGGGCGUGGAGGACCUGAUGCAGGCUUUGUUCGUAAACCAAGGAGCUGGCUUGGUGCAACACCUCCUGCUUGGCAAUAAUGUUUGCUACUUGGCUUGCCUACUGGCGCAUUUGUCUGCCUGGCGGAUGUGGCACACGACAUGCUGCAUUGGACAUUCUUGA